ACAUUUUCUCCAUCUUUCUUUAACGUAAACUUUGCUAUAAUGGCCGGCGUCCCAGCAAAGGACCCCAAAUACUUGAAGGAGAUUGAAAGGACUCGUCGAGACCUUCGUGCUCUCAUCUCUGGCAAAAACUGCGCCCCCAUCAUGCUUCGCUUGGCGUGGCACGACGCUGGGACUUACGAUUCCAAAACGAAGACAGGGGGACCUAAUGGCUCUAUCCGACACGAUCACGAGUUAAAGCACGGUGCAAACAGUGGUCUGAAAACAGCCGUUGAACUAUGUGAACAAGUGAAGACAAGGCAUCCCGAAAUUUCAUAUGCCGACCUUUACCAGCUAGCCGGAGUUGUUGCGGUCGAGGUUACAGGAGGUCCGACUAUCGACUUUGUUCCAGGCAGGAAGGAUUCAGAGGUAUCUCCUGAAGAAGGGCGCCUUCCUGAUGCCAAUCAAGGUGCAAAACAUUUGAGGGACAUCUUUUAUAGGAUGGGUCUGUCUGACAAGGACAUUGUGGCUCUUUCAGGGGGGCAUACAUUGGGAAGAGCACAUCCUGAAAGAUCAGGUUUUGAGGGUGCUUGGACAAAGGAUCCUUUGAAGUUUGACAAUUCAUACUUCAAGGAACUACUAGAGAAUGAGUCAGAUCCGGAUCUGUUGAAACUUCCGACUGACAAGGCUCUGGUAGAGGAUCCUAAAUUCCUCCGCUAUGUCGAGCUCUAUGCAAAGGAUGAAGAUGCUUUCUUCAGAGAUUAUGCAGCCUCCCACAAGAAACUCUCUGAGCUAGGCUUCAUUUCGCCAUCGAGGUUCGCUUUGAAGUUUGCUGUGGGAGUUCUUGUUACAGCAACUGUGGCAAUCCUGAGUCACUACUAUGAAGUUCACAGGAGAUUCUUUGAGUGAUUUCCUCGAAACAAUUCCCCAAAGGAGAUUGUAGAUACAAAUACUGUAAACAUUCUAUGUAAACCAGACUGAUAAAUUAAAAUAAUUCGGAUAUGAACAAG